AUGAAGAAAAUGCUCAUCCAGAACCUCCAACGGGAGAUUAUAUAUCUCAUCUGCGAGAGCAUAUGCCCUCAUUGCCAAAACCUCCAUAGGGACUGGCCGGCCCCGGGCCGUUGGUCACCCCCUGCUGCGGCCCUAGAACGCCGCCAGACAAUCUUCAAUCUCUCACUCGUCUGCAAAAGAUGGGGAUAUAUCGCGCAGAAGGUACUGCAUCACCAUUUCGGCUACUUCGAAACUCAUCCAAAAGCAGAGUUCCUAUUCUGCAGGACCCUUUCUGAGAAUCCGGAGCUUGGAAAGCAUGUGAAAAUGGCUCGAAUAAGACAAAUCUCUGCAUACGACUGGAGUCUUGAUGAAGAAUGGCUCGCAAAGUCGCUGAGCAAGUUCUAA